AUGCUCUACACGACGCACAGACGUGUGCACUUCACGCGCUACUCCUUCGUCCCUGACGCACUUCUGGCACCAGUCCCUUCAGCAGCCACUCAACCGCCGUUACCGAGGUUCGAACUUCAAUGCCAGGUCACACCAGCCGCCAUCCAGUGCGUCACAGACUUCCUACACCACAUCAGUAACAGACAAGCACCACGGACGCCGUAGUGGACUGUGGCAGAGUUCUGCGGGGUUCAUGCCUAGAGUGGAGCAGCGCAAGCCCUCUGUUUCCCCGUCAUCGCUGUCAAAGUCUCGUUCGAAGUGUCUGGUGUCGUUGCUGCCCUCUUCCCAGUGGCAGGCGCCCGCACCGGGCUACUGCGGCAGCGGCCCCGCUCCGAACCUCAGCUCCUUCUACACCCUCCCAGGCCACUGCAUGGAACCGGCAGCACCGAAAAGAGGAACUCAUCCAAAACGGGCUUGAGCCAUUGCAGAACCUCAUCGGACUCGGCGGCUACGUUGGGCAGAGCCUUAAGCUCGCCUACCGUGCGCUUUCCUCGAGUGGCAGCAGGGCAAGAGUAUGCACUGCUGACCUAUACAAAAGUGAGCAUCACCUCGCUGACGUCGGUGGCCGCCUUGGCACCCCCGAGACACCUCAGCCGCCUCGUCCGUCUAGCUCGCCAACGCCCAGCUUCCUACCCGACUCGAGCAAUCGCCCCCCUAAUUUCUUGUUCGGUGGUUUCUCGGACUUCGCCGUGUAUGCGCAUGCGGCUCGAUCCCCCGGAGACUCAAAGCCACCCCAGUGCGCUGAGAGUCGUACACCAACGGCAGUCCUUCGCCGCGGAGUCAGCAGCGCACCGAUGUCUUGUAGCUCCGGGGUGACCAGCAUAUAUGCACGUGAACCCUCGUCAAGCAGCAGUGGCAGCACAGCCACCUUUUCCCUAGAUCACGGGGACUUUUUCCUUGACGAGGAUCCGCUCGCGACUGAGCUGUUGCAAGGACCCGAGGCUGCACAGCACACUGCCCCAACGCACACAUCCGCCUCCGAACAGGCAGCGCGUGAGCCUAGGAAGGCUGGCGACCAGGCGUUGUCUGGCGUGCGGGUAGCGCCGUCGCUGCCACCCCUCCCUCAUGACGAGGCUCUCCUCUGACGAUGCACAGGAUACGCUGGUGACGCGCGCAUCUGAUACCCCAGCAGAUCUAGUGUGCUCCUUCGACCCCUAUGCCCGAGAUCUGACACUGUCUGCGGCUGCCGGGCAGUCUGCCAUGCCAGUGGCGACACCACCACCUUCCACAAGGACACUCUUUGCUGUCAAUCGAUCACGCAGCUCCCGGCACCGCUGCCGCAUUGUUGAUGAGUUGUUUCCAGAGCUCUUCCGUCUUCGUCUCCGGUAUGGGCGCACGAUGCACCAGAGGCGUUUCCCGUGCGGUGUAUGCGACGAUGCUUUCCUGGAGCCUUCACCGUGUCUGCGCAGCAGGGGUACUGCGACACAAGGCGCACGGCUCUCGUCCCUCUCUAAUUUUGCAGCGACAGUGUUCCCACAAGGUCGCCUCAGGCACACCUAUCAGCGGGAACAGCGUCUGUACACUCGACCAGCCUCGCGCGAUUGUCGAAGAGGCGGUCUUUGCGGCAACAACGGGCGCUCAGCAACCCACAUAUCCGCCGUUCUGGUGACCUUGAUAACGAGCAUCGGAAUGUUCAUCGCAAUCUUUUUCGCAUGCAUCGUUGCUGCGAGUGCUUUAUGA